AUGCGACGCGAGGCGCGACCGGACCCGACCCGACGCGACCCGACCCGACCCCGACCCGACCCGACCCGACGCGACGAACGCGCGAUCGACGCGCUACCCGACUGUCGGACCCGACCCGACCCGACCCGACGCGACGCGACGCGACGGGACGCGACGCGACGCGACCCGACGCGACGAGACGCGACGACGCGCGACGCGAAGGGACGCGACCCGACCCGACCCGGCGCGACGCGAGUGCGACCCCGACCGACGACCCGACGGACGCCACGCGACGCGACGGGACGCGACGCGACCAGACGCGACGAGACGCGACGACACGCGACACGACCGACCCGACCCGACGCGACGCGACGGUACCCGACCCGACGCGACCCUACCCGACGCGACCCGACCCGACGCGACCCGACCCGACCCGACCCGACCCGACGCGACGCGAAGGGAUCCCGACCCGACGCGACCCGACCCGACGCGACCCGACCCGACCCGACCGACCCGACCCGACCCGACCCGACGCGACGCGACGACGCGCGACGACGCGCGACCCGACGCGACCCGACCCGACCCGACGAGACGCGACCCGACGCGAAGCGACGCGACGCGAGGGGACGGACCCGACCGACCCGACGCCGACCGACACCCGACCCGACGCGACGACGCGCGACGCGACGCGAAGGGACGCGCGCGCCCGCGACCCGACCCGACGCGACGCGACCCGACCCGACGCUGACGCGACGACGCGCGACGACGCGCGACCGACGCGACCCGACCCGACGCGACCCGACCCGACCCGACGCGACGCGACGCGACGCGACGCGACCCGACCCGACGCGACCCGACCCGACGCGACCCGACCCGACCCGACGCGACCCGACCCGACCCGACGCGACCCGGACCCGACCCGACGCGACGCGACGCGACGCGACCCGACCCGACGCGACCCGACCCGACCCGACGCGACGCGACCCGACCCGACCCGACGCGACCCGACCCGACGCGACGCGACGCGACCCGACGCGACCCGACGCGACGCGACCCGACGCGACCCGACCCGACGCGACCCGACCCGACCCGACGCGACCCGACCCGACGCGACGCGACCCGACGCGACCCGACGCGACGCGAAGGGACGCGACCCGACCCGACGGACGCGACGCGACGCGACGCGACCCGACCCGACCCGACCCGACCCGACGCGACGCCACGCGACGACACGCGACGACACGCGACCACGACCCGACGCGAAGCGACGCGAGGCGCGACCCGACCCGACCCGACCCGACGCGACGCGACGCGACGCGAAGGGACGCGACCCGACCCGACGCGACGGGACGCGACGCGACGCGACGCGACCCGACCCGACCCGACCCGACGCGACGACACGCGACGACACGCGACACGACCCGACGCGAAGCGACGCGAGGCGCGACCCGACCCGACCCGACGCGACGCGAAGGGACCCGACGCGACGCGACCCGACCCGACGCGACCCGACCCGACCCCGACGCGACGCGACGCGACCCGACGCGACGCGACGACGCGCGACGCGACGCGAAGGGACGCGACCCGACCCGACCCGACGCGACGCGAAGGACCCGACCCGACGCGACCGGACCCGACCCGACGCGACGCGACGGGACGCGACCCGACGCGACCCGACCCGACGCGACGCGACGACGCGCGACGCGACGCGAAGGGACGCGACCCGACCCACGCCAGGAAGUCAUUUCAUUAGUUGGUAAGGAGAAGAACUCGCACAUAUUUUAG